GACUGCGACGUUGUCUGCGCGAGAUAUUACGGAGUCAGUGGCGAGUGUGAAAGGCACGUUUUCCAGUGCAAACAUAUCAGCAUGCGACCUAGCAGAUGGGCGGGAAGGAAUGCAAGAAAUUAGUGUCUUCAUAUUUCACCCAAGCAAUUCCUGUUCAUUGGAUAAAAAUACCCUUAAAUCAUGAAGAUUUCCCCCGUCGCGGCAGGUAACAGCGUGGAAGUAGGUGACAUAUUUGAAGCUAUCCAGAAAGGCGACACAGAGCAGUGUGCCCGGCAUCUAAAUCGUGAUCGUGGAGCUGUCAGGCAAACAGGCUGGGGGGGGUUCACUCCCCUGCACUUUGCCGCUCUCCAGGGGAGCAGGCCGCUGGCGGACCUCCUCCUGAGCCAUGGGGCCGACUGCAACGCCACAUGCGACGCAGGACAAACGGCCUUCCACUUCGCCAGCAGACAAGGUAAUGUCCACAUCAUGCAUCAAAUGCUGCAGCAUGGGGCGGACCUACGCAUCACUGAUCUCCAGGGAAAAACUGCCCUGCACUACGCAGUCUCUGGGGGAAACGUGCUGGCUGCCCAGUACCUGUGGGAGAGGGAGAUGUUCAGGUUUUCCGACACUGAUAACUUCAAGCUAACACCUCUGCACCUGGCAGCCUCAAUGGGGAACACGGACAUGGUCAAGUAUUUGCUGCGGAAUAAUCGGUGUGCUGUGGACGCUGCCGACCACCAGGGGGCGACGGCGCUGCACGUGGCUGCGGAGAGGGGGGCCAUUGAAGUGAGCUGGCUGCUUUUGCAGGAAGCCGGACUGCAUGUGUUACACCUGCAGGACAACAACCGGCUGACUCCUGUGGACCUGAGCAGACGGGGAGACACCUUCAGACACCAGCAGCUCACUGAACUUUUUACGAAGUUAAUCAACAAGCCCCCAAAUCACAAACCCAAGGAGUCGCGUGGCAUGUACUACUGGGCACUGCUGUUCCCCACUCUUGGUGGAGGUGCCAUCUUCCUGGUAGCUGUAGCACUUGGAGUCUAUGGGGGUCUUGUCUGUGUUUUGCUCUUCCCCUGGCUGGCUAAGUGCAUCUUCACCCAGUAUCACAGGAUGAGCAGCUACCAGAGGUCUCCUAACCCUGUCUACCUGGGUACUCUGGCAGCUGGUAUGUUCCACUCACUGCUCUGCUUCUUUGGAAAGAUCAGGCCUAGCAUCAGCUCUUCGGAUCUGCUCCUCCACACGUCCAUCGUCCAGUUCUCAGCUGUGCUGUGGCUUUUUCACAGACUCCUCAUCAAGGACCCUGGCCACGUGCGGCAGGCAGAGGCCGAUCCCCGGUUCUCCAGGGUGACCGACCUGGUGGAGACCAAUGAAAGCCUGAGCAGGUUCUGCAUCUACUGUGAGAUGUUCCAGCCGGAUGGUUCCAAACACUGCAAGCUGUGUGGCAUGUGCAUCCUGGAAUAUGACCACCACUGCCUGUUCCUCAACCGCUGCGUGGGCAGGGACAACCGGCGCCUCUUCGUCCUCUUCCUCCUGGCUAUGGCUGUGGCUCACACACUCUUCCUCCUUGCGGCUGCCCGUUACCUCUGGCGUAGGUUUACCGAUGUACCGUUGGCCACGGAGGGGACCGUGGCGGGCGCAGAAAUCUGGGUGCUGGCUCUGUCAGUCAUGAACUUCCUCACUGGCCUGUGGGAGACCUGGCUGCUGAAGGAACAGUUCCAGACCCUCUCCAUGGGCACCUCUACUUAUUUCAAACACCCACCUCACCCACAGCGCCCACCGAGGCAGCGCUGGGCAUCGGUCAUCUCCUACCUGAUAAGCGGGCGGCUGCAUAGGCAUCAGUGGCGCCUGUCCUCGGUGAACAUUUAGGAUGAAACUUUUCACAAGUCAGGUGGUACCUGCCCAUCCAUCCACACACACGGACCGGACCACGCUCCCCAAACCCAUACACACACUUUACCUACAUCUAGUGUAUCAUUUUGACAUUUUAGUUGCCCGGCAUUAAAUUGUGUUCUUUUAAGAAAGUCAUUAAAAAGUGUUUAUUUUAGGAAAAAAAUAUUAUUUUUUAACAAUUGUUAGUGAUUUUAAAUAUUUCAAAAAUAUUUUAAGCAUUUUGUGUAUGAAACAACGACCUGCUAAGUUUGACUGUGCUGUUUUUUCCACUGUAAACCUUUGAAAUAAAAUAGUGUCUGACUAACAA